UUCUCUCUGCUUGCUUGCUCGCCUGUCUGGUGUGUCUGGAGGAGCUGCCAGGACGGGAAUUCUGCUUGCAUGGAAUUCAGUGUACUCCCUGACCUUUCCCUUCCUUAGUACGCGUGCCUGGCGUGUCUCCUCGGGCUUAGGCUUUUCCUACGGCCCUACACCUUGCCAAACCACCCUCGCCUGACCACGCCCAAACCUGACCAGGUUGUUCGCUGUGCCUCCUCGGGAUUGGACGAGUCAGACGAGCGUCAAGCGCACUGGCAGACUUGCGCAGAACCACCAAACCGAGGCGCGCUAUGACCACCACCGAGCCAACCAUGGGACAGGGAAAGGCGGAGGGAGCGCAGUGGUGCUCGGCGGGUGAUGCUGCUGUUCCUGUCCUGCGUUUUCAGCGCACAGCGGAGGCUGUAAUUUGUCAUCGCCUGCUAGUAGUAGCAGCGAGGGUUGCUUUUCUCUGUCCUGCGGAGUCAGAAGCAGUGCUUGCAUCCUACGGAUUAUCGCAGCAGGACGCGUCUUGGCUGCGAGAAAUCCGUAGAAAGACUCGACAGCGCUGUCAGGGUUCCGCCUGCAUGAUAGUCAGCGUCACGAUUUCCCAACCUGAUGUGCGCGAGAACUCUAAGAAUCGCCGAAUCUUCCCCCGUUUCGCGCUGUCGUCGUACGCGAUAUAAGGACAGAUUCCACGUUUUACGAGCCGUCAAUACGGCUUGGAGACGCAGGAGCUCCCUUAUUGCCUGCAGAAUCGUCGGAGAGAACUGUUUAAGAUUUUGCCAAUAAGGCCGAGGCCAGGGACCGGGGACAAGCCCACUAGCUCCACGAGCCGUCAAUACGGCUUGGAGACGCAGGAGCUCCCUUAUUGCCUGCAGAAUCAUCGGAGAGAACUGUUUAAGAUUUUGCCAAUAAGGCCGAGGCCAAGGACCGGGGACAAGAAACCCACUAGCUCCACGAGCGAAUCCCACGAGCGAAUCCCCGCUAGCGUCCGCUAUUCUGGUCGGUUCACCCACUCGUCGUUUGUUUUGAACGGUUCACCCGUUCGCCGAGUCGUUGACCGUCUUGGAUUUCGAAUUCCCUCUCUCCUCGUUAACGGAAAGUGGGUUUUGCCGGCCAAGUGAUUAAGGUCGUCUAAAGAAGACCAGCAGCGGCGAUUGCGGGUGAUGGAGGGAGGCAGGGGGGGCGGAGAGCGGAGCGUGCUGCAGAUUGGUGGCUCAGAGACGGACGAGAUCGUGAAACGAAUAUCGGUACAGCAUCAGCCGUCGGCGCAAAAGGGGGACGAGGCUGAGGUCGACGCCAGCACAUGCGGAGCUAACGGCGUCCCUGUUUCGCCACCGGAUGAAGCUGCCGCGGCGGCGUCUGGCUUGCGAUGCGAAUUGCAACGGAGACACCAGCAGCAGCAGCAGCUGGCGGCGCAGUCUGCAGAGCCCGUUGCUCCGAAUAAGGAUGAUACUUCGUCAGAUACUCUCAACUCUACCUCUCUGGCGAAGGCGGAUCAGCUCGUGACGGCGAGCGCUUUGACUGGUGCUGUCCCUGCAAACAGUGGCAGCCCUGGCUCGCAGGCAAACAACAACAUUUGCAGGCGCAGCUUGGUGGCUGCCGUGGCUGUUCCCUCUCCGCACCCCGACCUGUCGCUCGAAGUUCCAGAAUUUCAGGAGAAUCGUUUAAACCAUGGCUGUGGUACGACGGAAGGCGGAGACGAGCAUGCUGGCCAUGGCGUGGCUAAUAAUACCGCUGCCACUAGCAUGGACGCUGUCACAACGACACUGACAGGGACGGCUCCUUUCGCGGGGCUGGUGGAUUCCACACUCUUGAAGAGCGGCGACAGUGCUGGCGAGUCGAGCAGUGCGCAUGGUGGUGAAUCUGUUGGUACAGCCGAGAAGGACGGCCCAGCAGCACGUGACGCUUCGCCUCCUGCGGCAGCAGCAUCUCUGCUCCACCAGGUGUCUAAACAGCCUGGUGGCAAGGUGUCUCAGAAUCUUGUCGGCGAGAGUUUGGGAGUAGCAGCGGCAGCGGACACGGUGGUUGGAAGCAGCGCCAGGUGUGGCGAGGAGCCGCUGCCACCCUGUGGUGCCGCUGCUGACGUUGAGGGUGCCAAAGGCUGCGAGUUUAGCGGUGCUGCGGUUGAGCAGGCAGAUGAUGGCAUGGCGUGUGCUGUAUCACCGCCUGGUGAUGGGGUGAGUGACGGGUUUCCUGCUGCUGCUGCUGCUGCUGCUGCUGCUGACGCUGCUGCUACUGGUGCGUCACCUGGCACUCUUCCAACCACUGCUGAUGCUGCAGUGGCGAAUAACGCUACUCCAACCAUCGCUUCUACCAACCCUGGUGCCUCCAACACCACCACCACCGAAGCUGCAGCAGCAGGAUCGCAGCUGCUCCCCUUCGACACAGAGCAAGUGGAGGCUGUCUACGCGCUGGCAAGCGAGGAGCUAGGCCGGGGGGAGUUCGGCGUGGUGCGAACCUGCAUGCACCGCACCACCGGGCAGCUCUUCGCGUGCAAGUCCCUCGACAAAGCUCAGCUGCGGGAGAGCGCGCGAGUGGAGGACCUAGAGAUGGAGCUGUACUGCAUGGGCGUCAUGCCGCGGCACCGCAACGUGGUGCAGCUCGCCAGCGUGCAUGAGGACGCCCGUGCCGUGCACCUCGUCAUGGAGCUCUGCGACGGCGGAGACCUCUUUGACCUCAUAGCCAAGGCAGGGAGGCUGCCCGAGGCGUUUGCAGCGUGGAUGUUCCGGCAGGCCGUGGAGGCGGUGGCGUUCUGCCAUGAGUUCAACAUCGCGCACCUGGAUAUCAAGCCGGAGAAUCUGUUGAUUCGGACCAGGAAGAAUCUGCCUGCGGGGGGGUCGGCUGCGUCGUUGGUUCUUGCCGCGAUGGGUGUGGCGCAGCAGCAGCGACAGCAGCAGCAGCAGCAGCAGGAGAUGGCGAGCCUACCAACUCACACCUCUACCCACUCAGCUGCAACCGCUUCUGCAGCUGGGGAGACGAAGUGUGCACCAGCAGCAGCAGUUGCAAGGGCAGUGCCCAUCCCCCCUUCCACUAACGGCCCUCCCACCAGCUCUGCCACCGCUGCUGUUAUCGCUGCCAACCUCACUGCCACUGCCGCCGCCUCACUUGCAGCCGCCAACCCCGCUGCUGGCACAGGCACCCACGUCCCGGCCCCUGCUGGUACUGUUACUGGGGCUGCCACAGAGGCGGGAGCUGCUUGUGGGGUCGCUGCUGUUGACGAGGGUGCUGCUGCUGAUGCUGGUGCGGGUGUGAUGAGGGUCAAGAGUCCCGUGGGUGCUGCUUCCAACCACAUUCUACCCAGAGCCGUUAGAGACCUAGACGUGGCAUCUUGUGGUUUAAAUGACGGUUGUGCCGCUGGCCUUGCCACGUCCUGUGCUGCUGCUCUGCACGCGUCUUCUGCACCCGUGCAUGUUGCUGCGGCUGUCACUACCGAGCUUCCAGCACCUGCUACUGCCACUGCCCCUCCCGCGGGUGGCCCUCCAACAGCUACUGUGGCUCCCGUGGGUGCCCCUCCCGUGGACGCCCAUGACCCCCCGAGCUGCAACAACAGGCACAACAUCGCCAGCAGCAGCGGCAGCAAGCAUGCACCGUCGCUGCUCGCCCCGUCUGCCACUACCACGCCUCAACUGGCAGGUGCUGCAGGCGCGGGUUCUGGCACGGCCGCACGCCCUGCCACGGGUGCUGCCAUAGGCAAUGGUGUGAGGACUAGUUCUGGCACUGGCAUUCGCGCCAGCAUGCCCGUGGCCAUGGGAAUCGGCAUGGGCAGUGGCGUUGGCGUUGCUGCUGGUUCUGCUGCUGCUGCUGCUGCUGCUGGUAGCGCUGUAGGAGGAGGAGGGGCAGGAGUGCAGGGCGCGGUGCCGGCAUGUCUGGCGGGGAUAGAGGUGAAGCUGGGCGAUUUCGGGCAGGCGGUGGUGCUGUCCCCAGGGCGCAUGGCGCGCGGGCUAGCAGGGUCGUCGUUCUACAUGGCGCCCGAGGUCGUCAAGGGCAGGGAGUACGGGCUCUCCGCCGACGUCUGGAGCCUCGGCGUGCUGCUCUACGUCAUGCUCGCAGGUGGGACAUGCAUGCUGUGGGUGCUGUGGGUGCUGUGGGUGCUGUGGGUGCUGGGGGUGCUCGGGGUGCUGCUGCUGUGUCUUGGAGAGGGGAGGGGUGGGGUAUGGGGGUUGGUCCUUGUUUCAACUCGUCCCAUGUCUCCACCAUUCCAGACUUGCUUCACCUCGCACGAAUCCAGGCUUUCUCAUCCCCCUCUCGCCCAUCCCAAACUCCUCCCCUUGCUCCUCACCCUCCCUCCCACCCACCCCACCCGCCCCCCUUCCCCCCCACCUCCCCAGGCUACGUGCCCUUUUACGGGGACUCCCUGCGGCGCAUCUUCGUGGCCAUCUGCUCAUCCGACCCUGACUUCUCCUCGCCGCCCUGGCCCUCGCUCUCCCUCGCCUGCAAGCAUCUCCUGCGCUCCAUGCUCCACCGCGAUCCCCUGCGCCGCCCCUCCGCCCGCCAGCUCCUCUCCCACCCCUGGUUCUCCUCCGCCCUCCUCCCCCUCUCGCCCCCCUCCGUGCCGCGCUGCCUCUCUCCUUUCUCCUUGGCAUCCUCCUUCUCCCGGCUCUCCCCGCACGCCUCUCGUUCCUCCCGCUCCUCGCUCGCGCCUCUCUCGGCGCUCUAUCCGUUGACCGGCAAGCAGUCGACGGCACUG